AUGCUGGUGCCGGUGGAGUGCCGAUUUCCGCUAUUGGUAAAAUGAUUUUUUCAUUUGAUUUACAGAAUGUUUCAUGCCAUAACAAAAAUAUCAAUAAAUAUUUAAUGCAUAUUUUAUUUAACCGAAUUUAAUUUUAUUUAUGUCUAUAAAUAUAAGGAAAUAAGGGGAGAAUAUAAGGGAAGAGGCAAAAAUAAUUUUGUUUGUAAAAAAAAUGACAUCUUUUACAAUUUUAUAUUAGCAUCAUUUUUAGUCAAAAUAAUACCAAUGCAAUAUAUAAUAUGAUGCACAUAUGCAUCAUUAUAUAUAUAUGUACAUACAUAUAUACAUAUAAAUAAACAACAUACGAUCCACAUCCCGUCGCACACAGCAAUUUUUUAAAACAAUUAAAAUAUCAUGUCAUCUCAUGAUAUAUUAACCUUUUAAAUUUAAAGCAUUCAAGUUUAAGGAAUUAAACGCAUUUUAAAUGGCACGAAUAUCCGACGUUGAAAGACAUCAAAUGUUCAAGGAAUACAAUGAUAUCUUAGACAAUCUGAGAACGGCAUUUCUGGAGAAGUGGAGGACAAAGGUAGACGAUAACGCGAAAUUGGAGGACUUUGAACGUUUCAGAACCGUCGGCACUGGUGCCUUUGGCCGCGUUCUUCUCGUCAAAUAUAAACCAACGUCCUCGUAUUACGCCAUGAAGAUUCUCGAUAAAACGAAACUCGUGAAGAUGAAGCAAGUAGAUCACACGCAUAACGAGAAGCGAAUCCUGCAAUGUAUCAACUUUCCCUUCUUGGUUUUUAUGGAGUUCUGUUUCAAGGACAACUCUUACGUGUAUAUGGUGUUGCCGUUCGCGCAGGGCGGAGAAAUGUUCACUCAUCUCAGGCGUAUGGGGAAGUUCGAUGAGUCAUUGGCGAAAUUCUAUGCCGCUCAAGUGGCCUUGGCCUUGGAGUAUCUGCAUCACUGUAGCCUAAUUUAUCGAGAUCUGAAGCCGGAGAAUAUCCUGAUAGAAACUACCGGUUACAUCAGGGUAACCGAUUUUGGUUUCUGCAAGAUGGUAGACGGCCGCACAUGGACCUUGUGCGGCACGCCGGAAUAUUUGGCGCCGGAAGUAAUUCUGUCAAAGGGUUACGGUAAGGCCGUCGAUUGGUGGAGCUUUGGCGUGCUAGUCUACGAGAUGAACGCGGGAUAUCCGCCAUUCUAUGCGCAUGAACCCAUGAAGAUCUACGAGAAAAUUGUAGCGGGCAAGUACAAGUUUGCGCAUCACUUUGGCGAGGAGCUAAGAGACAUAUUGAAGCACAUUCUGCAAGUGGAUUUGACAAGAAGAUACGGCAAUUUAAAAGAUGGUAGUAUGGACAUCAAGAAACACCGCUGGUUCCAAUCUAUCGAUUGGAUCGAGAUCUAUCAUCAGAAAGUGCAACCGAGCUUUAUUCCUCAUUGCACCCAGAACGGUGAUACAAGCAAUUUUGAUCAUUAUGAUGAAGAACCGCUUGAGAUCGCCACUUAUGAUCACUAUGGGAAGGAAUUUGCAAAUUUCUAGAGAUGAAAAACGCUGG